AUGGACCUCGCGGACUUUCCGAAUCUAGAUCCAUCUGGAGGAACUUGUGAUGUUGGUGGCGGUGGAGUUGUCGACCUCACCGACCUCGCCUCUUCUCAAGACUCCUCUGUCGAAGUGGCCGUUGAAGAAGAGGCCGUCCCGAGUCUGUCGUCCGACGUGAGCCCCAGCGUGGCAGAGCCGAGCGACGACCUGCCUAACCCGAACGACGUGGACGACGCUGACGACGAUGAUGAUUCACUGACGUUGAGUGCAAUUUUGGCUCAAUCCCUCAGUCGCCGUACACCCCCUACACCCGAGGCCUUCCAAUCCUUCCUUGGAUGUCGUCUGAAGGAGGGCGCCAAGUUCUUCACCAUCCAUCGGUCUCCGUCGGUGCGAGCUACGCCAGGCCAGCCUCAUGUCGCUCUUCGAGACAACAAGCGGGUCGAGAAUGAACAAGAGUCCUCCUCCAAAAAGCGUAGAGCUUCGUGGUUUCCGAAUGUCAAGCCAGACGGAAUCCAGGGCUCAAAGGAAGACAGACGAAAGAAGUGUCGCGUGGACGCAGCAACAGGAGAUAAACCCAACGACGAACAGAAGAAGGGCGACAGCGUUGAUGACGCAGACUCAACUCCCUCUCAGCCCGGGCAAGAAGGUGGCCAGGCCAAGAUGAAGACGACCCCUGGAACUAUCUCGAGCACACCCAGCAACCAACAGAGAGACACAGUCAAGGCUACUGGGCCGGGUUCCUCCGUCGUCCAGGGGCCCCCCAAAGCUCGUCUGACCGAGUCCAUCUUCAAGAAGAACAGUUCAACCCAUCAUGCAGGGAAACUUCAAGGACUGCGCCGGGCAUCCAGCACAGGAACUGUGCCUGUGCAGAAGAACACGACUGCCAAAAGGCCAGCUCUGGAAAAAGUGUCCCCCAGUAUUCCUACAGACAACGGCAUCCGUCAUCAAGCUAGUCCAAAAGGCACUUCUGCUUCUGCAUCAUCGCGCCCGUCUGUUCUUACGCUCAAAGGCGACCAUCAGCCAGACUGCAACAGUACUACUAGUAGUACUGCACGAAGACGACCUGGCGUCCCAAGGGGCCAUGCCACCAACAAAUAUCCGAUAGCAGAAGAAAAAGGGGCUCAGCAGGGACCGCAAACCAUAUCUGUUGGAACCGUUAAGUCCGGAUCUCUCACAGGUUAUCUGGGCCCUGAGAGGCGACCUAAGGAACGGCCAGUUUACACCGAGCCAUCCGACGAUAAGUGGAAAAGAAUCACCAGUCUUUCGAGGCCAGAGGGUCUCAAGGAGAUUCAAUGCGGUAUGAGAGAGGAGCGGCUGGCGAAUCUCCCCGCGGCGCGUGAUGGAAAGAUUCGUCACGCAGGCCAAAAAGCCUGCCACAGGAGCGAUCCCUCUCAGGCCGAGGUCCCACUGCCAAAGGCUCAAGAAGCAUGCCCUCCGGUGAAGCCGCAGAAGAUCUCACUUUUACAGCAGGCUGCCACUGCUGGUAACGACCACCUUAGACAACAAGCCGAAGCUGGCUUGCCGAGAGCCCAAGAGCCACGGCCCCAGAUGCAACGUCCUCCGAAGCAGCGUCCCACUGUGCUUCGCCCUCCAGUGCGGCCGCCAAAGACAUCUUCACGACAGGCUGACGUCGCCAGCGACCACACGCGCCCCACACCACGAGCCUCCCCAGCUCCUCCCAGACAAGAUGGUCAGCCUUUGCGUGAGCUUGCCAACCAGCCACAGACACGUGAGCUGACAGAGCUGGGUCGCCAGAGGCUUCAAAGACUGGAAGACGCCCACCUAGCGGGACAGGACAGCCUGGUCCAGCCCAAGGCGGCACAGAACAACCUCAACGUCUCGAGUGUCCCCAAGCGUGCGUCUCAAAGACCGUCACGCAUCACAGGGGACGAGAUCGCGAAUGCCGCCAAGGACAUGAGGAUUCUCCAGAAGCAGUAUGCCGAGAAGAAGACCACAGCUCUGACUGAUGCGCUGCCGCCGGAAUUCAGAAGAUCGCAGCCGAGUCAUAAGUCGCGCGCAAAGGCCGUACAGAACAUUGCUAGCCGCGAGCGGGUCGAGGCGAUUACGCAGGAGCGUGUUAUCGCCAAAAGAAUGCGGGCCAUCCGAACAGAAGUGGAACGGGAGUUCAGAGAAAGUAGCAAGACGCACGACUUUAAGGAGCAUCUCAUCCGUGAGAAGUGCGACCGCUAUAUGGAGAAAAAGAAAUCGCAGAUGCUCAAAAAGGCCCAGAGCCAAAACCGGGGCCUUCCUCCUGUUGAUUUUCUCGAGGACGGACAAGAUGGCGAGGCUGCUGCUGCUGCUGCUGCUGGCUCAACCCAGCGAGGGGUCCCAGCCUCGCAGGCACUCGAGCCGGGCCAGGCCAUCGUGACCUACUGUGUGUAUCUCAGCCAGCCGAUCGACGAGGGUGUGGCCUACGAGGACACCAUGAUGCGCGCGAGGGCAUUUGGCAAGUCUGACUCGGCCAAUUAUUAUGCCAAGCUGCUGCUGGAUGACAUGUCGGCGCCACCGCGGCAACACUCCAGAAACCAGGCGCGGCGGACGAUGUCUUUGCAAACUUGGUACGCGAAUGGCCUGCUCUUCGGAAUGAAAAAACGAGGAGACGGAAAGUACGUGUAUGUCCAGGUACGCAAGGAGAAGACACUGGUGGGCGACAUGGACCCAGAUGUCCUGCGCAACCAGUGGGUGGACGAGGAUGUUCUGGACAUCUAUCGCAAGCGCUAUGAUGUCUUUGAGUUUCAGUUCAUCCCCAGGUCGGUCAUCGAGGCGGAGAAAAGAGAUGAGGAGGCGAGGAAGCUCUGGGACCAGCGACAGGAAGACAAGUCUGUCGCUCCUGACGGCAAUCGCGAAAGUACAGCCCAGACCGAAGCCAUGGACGGCGCUGAGAAGGAGAACGAACCCAGGGGUCUUGAGGGCGACGAGUUACGUUCAGCUCUGAGGGCACUGCCAGCCUGUGGACCUGCGCCUCGUCAGGCGAAGACCCAUCCUGAGGAAGGUGAAGAUGAACACGAUGACUUGUUCUCAUCCUAUGUGUCUUCGGACGCGGACGCGGACUCCCACAUAGACCUCCAAGAAUACGACACUGCUGGCUCGGAAAGUCUCAACAACAACAACGACAAAAGGCCUAUGGAGUCUCAGAAUGAUAAGACGAGCCGUGGACCAACUCCCUUCUCCGCAGGCACCGACGACGACCCCAGGAACCCAUACGCCAGCUGCAAGCUCGUGACAAAGAUAUACGGCUCCUUCACGGACCUGCACACGGCCAACCAGCGCGCGCUUGCUGUGGCGAGGAUCGCAUGGAAGCCCACAGGUUGUGAUCUGAACGCCUUGGAUCAUUGGAAGGAGAACAUGUUACCCAGUCUGGCGGAGCAGAUGAAGGAGCUGGACUUGGACAGCGAGUGCGCCGAGAUUGAAUGUCCUCCGAAGCCGUUCCAUGGCCCCAAUUCUCGUCGGGCGUGGCCCUUUGUCCAUGCUCGGGUGUGCGUCGUCGAGAUCGAGAUCGAGGGCCCCAUGGAUACCGAGAUAGACUUUGCCAUGGACAUGACAGAGGCGCACACCUCUCGAGGUGUCCAAACCAUUCUUUCCAAGGCUACAGCUGCGGCGGGUAAGACUGGUGAGGCUCAGGUGGUCGAUUCGGACAACGAAGAGGACAUAGACGACGGACUUACCCUUCCCUUGACCGAUAACAACGUCGAUGUCAGCGAGGAGGAGUGA